AUGGCCCAGGUGGAGCAGCUUCUGGGCCGAGAGCAGUUCACCUGCCCCAUUUGCUUGGACUUGCUCCGAGACCCUGUGGCCAUUCCAUGCGGGCACAGCUACUGCAUGAGCUGCAUUGACGUCUACUGGACAAACAAUGACACGCGUAAGGCCGUUAGCUGCCCCCAGUGCAGACAGAGCUUCAACCCCAAGCCCAUCCUCAACAGGAACACCAUCCUGGCCGAAAUGGUGGAGAAGCUGAAGGUUGCGGUGCAGCCGUCCGUCCGUUCGGUGGCCAGUGAAGUCGAGUGUGAUUUGUGCACCGAGACGGGAGGCAAAGCCGUGAAGUCCUGCUUGGUGUGUCUGGUGUCUUACUGCGAAGCUCACCUCCAGCCGCACUACCGGUCUCCAGCGUUGAAGAAACACCAGCUGGUGGAGGCCUCCAGGCACCUUCAGGAGAAAAUCUGCCCUCAGCACAACAAGCUUCUGGAGAUCUACUGCCAGACGGACCAGCGGUGCAUCUGCCUGCUGUGCGUUAUCGAUGGACACAAGGGUCACGACACGAGCUCGGCCGCUUCGGAGGGCGCAAAGCAACAGAAGCAGCUGGGGUUGACGAGGCGGAAGUUCAGGCUGAGAAUCCACGCAAAGGAGAAGGAGCUGAUGGAGCUCAGACAGUCGGUGGAAACUCUUAAAAUCUCGGUUCACUCAUCGGCGGAGGGCAGUGACCAGAUCUUUGGAGAGCUCGUUCAGUCUGUGCAGAGGAGGUGCCAGGAGGUGAGAGAGCUGAUCCAAGACCAGGAGCGGAUGGCUGUGAGGCUGCUGGAGAAACUGGAGCAGGAGAUCCUCGAACUCAAGGAGCGGGACCACAAGCUGGAGCUGCUCCUGCACACAGACGACCACAUCCAUCUCCUUCAGACCUACAGGUUGUUCUCUGCCCCUCCUGGACCCCCAGACGCGCACAGCAUCUCCAUAGCUCCAUUCUCUGAUCUCAGCAAUGUGACCAGUGCCAUCACUGCUCUCAGGACAAGGCUGGAGGGGGUUUUUAAAGCGGAGUGGCCCAAGAUCGUCAGAGCAGCCAGCACAGUGAAGUUCCUCCAGAGUCCACUUCCCAAAAUCAGACCGGAGUUCCUGUACUACUCCCGCCAGCUCACGCUGGACCCUCGCUCGGCCCACAGGGAGCUGAGCGUGUCUCCCGACUGCAGGACGGCGUCGGUGCGGGCGCGAGAGCACUCCUGUCCUGACCAGCCCGAGCGCUUUGACUACUGGUGCCAGGUGCUGGGCUCCCAGGGCCUGCAGGGCUGCUGCUACUGGGAGGCCGAGUGGAGCGGGAUGGGCAUCACCGUGGCUGUGGCCUGCAAGGACCUGGCCAGGAAAGGGGAUGGCAGUGACGCUCACUUUGGGCGCAACGCUAAUUCGUGGAGUUUGUUCUGCUCUAGGAAAGCUUACGCUUUCUGGCACAACAACACAGUGACCAGGAUCCCGGGGCCAAGCUCAUCCAGGAUAGGGGUGUAUCUGGACCACAAUGCCGGCACGUUGGCCUUCUACAGCGUCUCUGAGAACAUGAGGCUCCUCCACAAAGUUCACACCACAUGCACCCAGCCCCUCUACCCCGGCUUUGAGUUCACGUGUUAUGGAGCACUUGUUACAUUAUGUCAGAUGGAGUAGGGCUCACAAUUUGUGGCCACUUUAUUAGAAACACCCACCUUGUGCUUCCACUCACUUAUAGCCAGUUUGACCACAGCAGAAAGGACAUUACGCCCCCUGGUGGUAAAUAUAAAACUUACGUGCCACUUUAUUAGAAACACCUACCUUGGGCUUCCACUGACUGGCCACUUUAUUAGAAACGCCCACCUUGUGCUUCAUCAUCAGCAGCUGUUCUCUUCUUGUUUUCUUGCUCAAGCUUUCAUAUAAAGCUACAAGAUGAAGUCCAGACUGUACACAGUACCGUUCACUUCAGCUGAAUCAGAAAUAUAUGUAAUCACAUUUAUCACCUAUU